UUCGGGGGGGGGGGGGUGAAAUUAAAGAUAGAUAUUUUUGCCUUUACCUAACAGGAUCCUUGUGUAGACAUUUCCCUUAUCAUACGACAAUAUUCAAUCAAUUUUGUCGCUUUGAUAACAGUAAUGGUCUUCUGGGCCUUAUCGGAGAUAGAAUAGUUUUACUUUAGAGCGGGUAGGAGGUUUUUAGUGAUACAGUUUUUCAUUUUUUGACAGCAGGAGGCUAACGAAGCCUGUAACAUGGCCUGACCUAACAGGACAGUCGCUGACAACAAUCUGCCUUCCACCUGCCAUCAUAGACAGAGGGUUAAAGACACGGCUAGAGCUUCAAACCGGAAGUAAACUCGAGAGGUCGUCAUGGGGAGUAAAGUCAGCUCCAAAAUGGCAGCUCCCACCGCUCGAGUUAUUCAGGCAAUACGGCCUCAUGCUCCCCUGAUCAAAUUCCCCAACAGACAAGGCCUCCCCAGACCUAAUGCCCAGGAGGCAUUGAAAACGUUAGCACUAAACCUUCCUCAACAUAAUGCUCCCACUUCAGCUGCAGCGUCGCCUCAGUUAUCAAGACCACAUGCACCUUUAACACCAAUCCCAGGCACGCCAGACACACUGGCCUCUAUUCAGCUACUUCCUGCAAGGUACCGCAGGAGACCGUUAACAGCAGAUGAGAUGGAUUACAUCCAGCGCGGUGGACCAGAGUGACGUGAAGUGACGCCAUCACUGCAGCCAAAGUCCUUAUAUGUUGAAGAUCAGCACGUCUUUAAUCCUGUUCCUCAGCACAAGAGAACCUGAUGCCACAUGUAGAAUAAAGUAUUAUAUGGAUCCUGUUAAAAUGUAUAUAUGUUUAUUGUUAGUUGAUUAAAUCUAUAUGAACCUCAUACCAACAGAGAUGUUCACUGUAAAACACACCGCAAAGGCACACUAGCUCCUUGGUUUGUGCAUAUUUUUCUCAAAGGUUUGUUUUUAAUCAGUUUUAGUUUAAAAACAAAAUCAUCAACUCAUCUUUAUUUUCUUCCAUCCAAUUUAUCUUAUUUUACCUGCUGACUAAAAUCCAAGCAGGAGGCUCUAGUAUACAGAAGGAAAUUGGACUUUUCAUGUCUCUCGCUGCACUUGAACGGAUGGUUUUUGGAGCUAAAAGGCUGGUGAGAUAGUUGAUGCAACAAUGCUGCAUGAAAUUACAUUGAGUUCAUGUGAACGGCUGGAUUUAAAUGAUUAAAAUAAUGUUGGAUUA